CGGCUUUCACGGGCAUCGGCGGCUCGCCUGCCCUUCUCGCCAACCGGCUGUCGUACGCCUUCGGCCUGACCGGCCCAAGCCUCACGAUCGACUCGGCCACCUCCGCCUCCCUUGUGGCCGUUGACAGCGCCGUGCGAUUCAUCAAGAUGGGCCAAUGUCGCACUGCCCUUGCAGCUGGCGUCACACUGAUGCUCAGCCCCUACUCGUUCAUUGCCUUCUCCAAGGCUGGCAUGCUGUCACCUGACGGCCACUGCAAGGUGUUUGAUGCGAGGGCCAACGGCUAUGCGCGCGGCGAGGGGUGCGGCGCGGUCGUCAUGGGCCAGGGGCGUGAGGCAGCCACCCCACCUCUGGCGCUCGUCAGGGCGACCUGCGUCAACCACAAUUCUCGCGCGGGCUCGACCAUCACAGCGCCGAAUAUGACGGCACAGCGAGCACUCAUUCGCAGGUAAGGAUGUUCGCAGACACUCAAGACACAUCCCUCCCUUGAAUGGUGUGUGGGCCUUCUUGUAGGUGUCUGCACGACGCCAGGGUGUCUGUGGAUUCGGUUGCAUAUGUGGAGACUCACGGGACGGGGACGCGGCUGGGCGAUCCUGUCGAGGUGUCAGCUAUCGCGUCGGUGUUUGAAGGCCGGCAUUCCUCCAAUCCUUUGAUCCUCGGCGCUGUCAAGACCAACGUCGGCCAUCUCGAGGGCGCGUCGGGCAUCGCUGGGCUCGUCAAGGCGAUCCUCGUGUUGCAGGCGGGGGUGGUGCCCCCCAACCUUCACCUGCAGGCCGUCAACCCACACCUGCCGCUGGAUGAGGUCUCUGCCGUCCUGCCGACUGAGCCAGUCAAGCUCUUAUCGUCGUCACAUCACACGGCUCGGGACUCCGGAGGAUCUGGGAAAGGCAGAAGACACGACCUGUGUGCUGGUGUCAGCUCGUUCGGCUUCGGGGGCACCAAUGCGCACGUCAUCUUGAGUGCACCCCGUCGACCGAGGAUGCGUCUAUCGUCUGCUGCUGGCAACGGCGGAGAGUCCACCCUCUUUGUGGUGUCAGGGAGCAACCUGCUGAGCCCGCAGGCCUUCCGCAGCCUAUAUGAGACUCGGGCUAUCUUUCGACAGGCCGUGGACACUUGCGCAGCAGCCAUGCAGCCGUACGUCGGAGAUCUGCUGGUGCAGCACCUGACCAAUGGGGACAGACCGGAUACCUAUCCUGACCCGGACUCACUGGUCGACGCGCUCGCUCUGUUCACGGUUGGCUACGCUUUGGCUCACGCGAUGAUGCCUGUGGUGACUCCAGACAUGGUGGUGGGACAGGGGAUCGGCGAGUUCGUCGCGGCUGUGCUUGCGGGCGUUUUCACCGUGGAUCGGGCGGCAAGGCUGAUUGCGGAGUCAGUCACCAUUUCCGAAGGGUGCGACAAGGGACACUUGAUCGAGUGCCUGGCGGCUGAGGCGGCGGUGAGAGAGUGCCUCGACACACUUGAAGGGCAAUCUGGAUGCUCUAUUGUUGGCGUCAACGGUCCUAGGCGAGUGACCGUCGCCGGCCCACCGGAGGGUCUUGCAGGCCUGCUCUCGACCCUUCGAUGUCCCCACCGAGUCAUCAGUACGCGGCAUCCCUUGCUGGCGCCUGCAUGCGAUUCAUCGACAUCCGCUGCCGCAGACGAGCAGCCGUUGCGGACUGAGAAUGUCAUAGCGCAUCGUCGACUAUCCAGCGCGCCGAUGCUGCUCGACACCACCAGUGGACAAGUGGCUGGCCCUGAUGUGCACAGAGCAUGCUACUGGUCGCACUACUUCAGCCGCUACGCAAAUCUCUUGCGAGCGUCGGAGACAGCAGCCGAGAUGAAGUGCUCACAAGUGGUGGUGGUUGGGAGCGCGCAUGACGAGAUGGCGAGGGGCAUGGACGAGCCUCUCCUAGAACAGCAAGACUCGUCGGCCGCCAGGUCUAUCACGACCAGAACUGCUCUUUACGAGCUCAUCACGAGUAACGGGGCAGAUGAGCGCGAGGACAAGAAUCGUCAGCGGAUCCGUGCGACGUUUUACUGGACCGAGCACAGACACCCUUUUGUCGGCGUGGGCGGGAGAGCCAGAGUUGACCUCUCUGUCUGCGGAACAUCUUGCCUGACGGGCGGCAGCCAAAACUCAUCGUCAGAGACGUCAUUCAAGCUGCGUUCUGUCUACUUGGAGCUUGCACUGGCAUCUGCUGACCAGAGGCUCUCGACUGAGGAGAAUCACAGGCGCAAGAGGAGAGUGUUUCGGCUCAAGGACGUUCGCUUCAGCAGCCCUCUUGCGUGUGCAGCAAUUGAUGUCUUUGAGUGCCAAGUCACUGACGAUGGGGCUUUCAGUGUUUGCUGUAAUGACGGUCUCGUGAGCAACCCUUGCACGGGGAGGGUGUGGUGUCACCAAGGAGAUGCUCUUGACAGCGGAGGCAGCGAUGGGCUUCUCAGCUUUCUUCGUUCCUCCUUCCGCGCGGCACACAGUGGAGAUGUGCUCUAUCAUGCGCUUGAGGAGCAGGCAGGGCUGGCCAUUUCGUCCGACAAUCGAGUGAUCCAGGAGGUGCAUCCUGCUGAGCAGAGGGGAGCUUGGCUGGAGUCCCUCGCAAGGAUCAAGGCCCCAGCCGCCAUCUCGCCGGUGGAGGCAGAGCUGCACAUGGCGCCGCGCUUGCUUGAUGGAGUGUGGCAACACGCAAUCUUCGCUGCCUUCCUCUCGAUGGAAGAGCGUGACAAGGAGGACCGACGACACCGGCUUGCGGUUGUCGAGAUAGGAUCGAUGGAUGUCAUAUCCGGCGCGUUACUUCCAGGCCGUGAGAUCUGGUCACACGUGAGGGUGCAGGGCGGUGCUGAUACAGAGGCCGAAGUGUGUGUCUACUCUGGGAAGGAUGGUGUCCUUGUGGUUCGAGCCCAGCUGACGCUGGCAGGCGAGGGCGACGCGACUCCCAGUCCCGGUACAUCAACAUGCACCUCGAUUCUCGAGACGAAGCCGGUUCUAUGGGAGACACACUGGGAGGAGGCAGCGAUCGAGCCGUCGUCCGGACAGAGCUCCAGGAGAUGGCGAGAGCUGUCGGGUGAGAUGCGGCGGAAGAGCAUCUCGAUGACGGCCGCGGAGACGGCAAUGGAGGUAUUACAUACCUCUCAAGCCAUUCAUGCAGCUACACCCCUCAGCGAUGCGGGCAUCGGAUCGCUCGGGGCGACGGCAUUCCGAGACGCCCUGGCUGAAAGGCUGGAGAUCAAGCUCCCAAGCACUCUCAUGUAAGCUGCCUGCGUAAUGUAUAAGGCCAGUUGCAGCUUGUCUAUGGCCUAUAUGCUGCCCGUGUCUGUGUCAGGUACGACUAUCCCACUCUGGACGCCAUCGUCGACUACAUCAGCCAGCUUGUGAGCAGCGAUGGCGGUGGCCAGGGCCACCAGCCGAGCACGAUGAUGCCGGUCAGCGUGUCUGUCAAGGGGCG